AGCAUUUCCGAGUGGGACCGCGAGAAGCCGCCUGUAAACAGAGCCGGGCCGGGAUGGUCAGCGUCCGGGCGGGCUGUCACGGUGAGGCGGGCGGCGGGCUGCAGGAGCCAAGGCCACGCCAGGAGCGGACUGCAGGCCCCGCAGGUGAAGGGAGAGUAGCAGCCGGCGCCCGGGAAAUCACGGAUUGGCAUGGCAUUGCUUUGACAAGUACUUCCUGUUGUCUUCACAGAAGUCUCUCUGCAGAAUAAUCUCAAAGGAAUAUCUGGUCUCCUAAAUGUUAAUGCCCAUUAGCCACUGACGAAUAUUCUUAACUGCUGGGAAAACAUCAACCACCCUUGUGUUUAGCCUGCUCCAGGAAGCCCAAUGAAGGUUUCUUCCAGCUGUUUCCAUAGCUCUAUUGCUGAAGUACCUCUCUUGGUUGGGUGAAUGUUCAUGAAGCCAUUUCUUGAACCAGCUUAGGAGGCUGAGGCCUCCUGGAGCCUGUGACAUGGAAGCUUUGGAAGUGGAUGAUAUCAGCCCGGCCUUAGAAGUUACAGAGGAGUUCUUUAGUACUUUGGACAGUAAGCUAGAAAAGGCUGUCCAGCAAGCAGAGGUUUAUGGGAUCCAGGAAGUCCCUGAACUGGUGGGGCAUGAGGUACUCAGUAACAUCACAGACAAUGGUGCUAUGAGAAAUGUGGCCUCCCUGGGCAAGGGAGGCAUGAUUUGGGACCACUGUAAGAGCAGGCUCUUAGAAACCAAAGCUCAAAAUGUCUUCCCUGCCAAAGAACAGUUUAUGGUCCAGAGAGGGACGACCCCCGAUAAUCUUUCCUGGAUGGAACAAAAGGAAGCAUCAACCUUUAAUUUUUUCAAUAUCUGUCAGCGUCGGCGGGACCGGCCUCGUUCUGUGAAUGACUUACUGGAUGAGACCUCUACUUUCAAGCCAGGGCAUGCUCGAUCACGAUCAGAUAUUACCCAAGUGGACUGGAGGGUGGUCCUCAAAACCAUGCCUUUGCAGCCGCAGCCUUCCCUUCAAGGCCCGCACUUUACCAGGCCAUCUUUUCUGUUGCCCUCACCAAGUAAGAUAGAAGAUGCUCAAGGAAAUACCGAACACAAGCAGACAUUCCCAAACAUCCUAAAGAAGGGUUACCUGGAGGUUAGAAAGGACCAUGACAGUUACUGGCAAAGCUGUUACGCAGAACUUUCACCUUACAACUUAUACUUCUACAGCCUCGACAGCAGUGGGAAUCAAAACCUCUAUGCCACGUACCAGCUUUCACACUUCCAGAGCAUAUCUGUUUUAGGCAACCUGGAGGCCAGGAUGGUGGAUACAGUUCUAUAUGACAACACUCAGCUACAGCUAAAGGCAGAGUCACCAUGGGAGGCUUUGGACUGGGGGCAGAAGCUUUGGGAAGUCGUACAUGCUGCUGUGCCUGGUUACAUGGGGCGGCAGAAUGAGCUGAGAAUCUCACCAGGGCUUGGCCAUCAUGAUGACUAUACACAGAAUCAUUGUUUACAGAAGAAAGCCAGUGGGCUGCUGCCACCGUCCCCUGUCCUGGAUAGCCCCAAACAGUACCAGAACAUCCUCAAAUCAGGAACUCUUUACAGGCUGACUGUUCAGAACAACUGGAAGGCAUUUACGUUUGUGCUGAGCAGGGCCUACCUUAUGGCUUUUCAGCCUGGCAAGCUAGACGAGGAUCCACUGUUGAGCUACAACGUGGACGUGUGUCUGGCAGUCCAGAUAGACAAUCUGGAUGGCUGCGACUCUUGCUUUCAAGUCAUUUUUCCCCAGGAUGUCCUUCGCCUCCGAGCUGAGACCCGGCAGAGGGCUCAGGAAUGGAUGGAGGCUCUGAAGACAGCUGCCAAUACAGCGAGGAGUUCAGAGCAAAACCUGCAAGUCACACUGAGGAACAAACCCAAGGAUCAAAUGGGUGGGCAUGAACUCAGGAAGAACAAACGCCAGUCUGUGACUACCAGCUUCCUGAGCAUUUUGACGACUUUGUCUUUGGAACGAGGACUCACUGCUCAGAGUUUCAAAUGUGCAGGCUGCCAGCGAUCCAUAGGUCUUUCCAAUGGGAAAGCCAAGGUGUGCAACUACAGUGGGUGGUAUUACUGCAGCAGCUGCCACGUGGACGACAGCUUUCUCAUCCCAGCACGCAUAGUCCACAACUGGGACACUUCAAAAUAUAAGGUGUCCAAGCAGGCCAAGGAGUUUCUGGAGUACGUGUACGAGGAGCCGCUCAUCGACAUCCAGCAGGAGAACGCCAUGCUGUACCACCACGCAGAGCCACUGGCUGCUGUGCUGCGGCUGCGGCAGCGGCUGAAAUCGCUCCGAGCCUAUUUGUUCAGCUGCCGGGCAGCGGUGGCAGAGGAUCUUCGCCGCAGAAUCUUCCCCAGAGAAUACCUCCUUCAACAGAUCCACCUGUAUUCCCUCGCCGACCUGCAGCAGGUAAUAGAGGGAAAGCUGGCUCCAUUCUUGGGCAAGGUCAUUAAAUUUGCCACCUCACACGUGUACAGCUGCAGUCUUUGUAGCCAGAAGGGGUUCAUCUGCGAAAUCUGUAACAAUGGAGAGAUCCUGUACCCUUUUGAGGAUAUUUCAACAAGCAGGUGUGAAAGCUGUGGGGCCGUUUUCCAUUCUGAAUGCAAAGAAAAGUCUGUCCCCUGCCCGAGGUGUGUUCGCCGAGAGCUGCAGAAGAAGCAGAAGUCUUUCUGGCAGAGACUGAACGUGGACGAGAGUCUAGAGGAGGCUUGCACCAUGUUUGAGCUGUCCUACCAGAACACCUGACUCAGGCCGACCCAAGGCCCGGGAUUCACCGAUCAACAAUCCAUCAGCCCCAGAGCGGCUUCCUACUGGCCAGUUAGACCCCUUUGGAAGAAGAGUAUGUCUCCUCUUCAGCUAGAUAUAGAUAUAUAUAUUUAUUUAUAUAAACACAAAUACCUAUACGUCCCAUACUUAUGCUCUGUGUACCUCAUUGUCUAAAAGAUCCACAGAACAUCUGUGGCUCAAGAAACUACCAAUAGCUGGAUUACACUUAGCCAAGAAUUUCAGCUGCUUGCUCCCAGACAAAAUGUGGUAUACACAAUGCUUUAUAGUUCCGACUUUUCUUUUUCUGUCUCUCGGGACAUUUUAUUAUCCGAGACGCAAGAGGAAGCAUUUCCUGCAGAAAACGGCGCUUUAGGUUAUUUUUGUGCUAUUUAUUUUUAGCCUCCACAGAGGCUGAGGUAACUGAGGCAGGCACUCAUCAUCUGUUUCAUAAGAAAACCUUCAAAACGCAAGAGACUCCUGGGUCCUUCCAGGACCUAGUGUCCCCGGCUCUCCCGCCUCAAUUCUUCCCAUAGAGGCGGGAAUCACCCAAGCAGAGCCGAAUGGCUGAAACAGGAGCCAAGCUCCCUCUGACAGAAAGCAUACACCCCUGAUUUAUGAGGAGAGCUGGUUCUGGUUUUGAAGUUAAUCUCAGAAGGUUUUUUUUUCCUGAGAAAAGAAGAAACCUCUGCGACCAAUAACUGCAUGUUGUCGGUCUGUUUCCUGGUACGAAUCCGAACACCCGCCUAACGAUGUGGCGCUCCACCAUGUUUAUCAGGCUGUCCACAUGGCUUUCUUAAAAACGGUUUUCAGCGGGUGCCCAUAAGUGAUAUUUAUGAUGUUUUUCAUGCUGCUGGCCGGAGGAAAUGUCCUGGGAUUGUCGUUAAAGACAUCAGCGUAUAGACUGGUAGAUAAGGGUAUGUGGUAUGUUAUAUGGUACGUAUAUUCAAAGAGAAGGUCGUUUCAGUUUCUUUUCUCAGAAUCCUGUGUAGGCACUGCCUAUCUAUUCAUUUUAAAUGCUUUAUGUCUCAUUGUUCUUCCUGCACUUUCAUUUCGACGUUUGUCAAUGUAACCAUUCUUGCUUUCUCAUUUUUUUGUUUAAAAAAUCAGAGUAG